AUGUCAGUGCUCCAGUUAGUAUUUCUGCUCAUCCUGGCAGGCAGCCGGGGAGCCUUGGAAGCCCCAAUGGACCCCGAUAUAGAUGAGAACCCAGGACCGGAGCCCGUCGAUGGCCGCUCGUUCUUUUUUUUGGGAACGUUAUUUCGCCGUUGGCGUAAUCGGUGGAUGGCAUACCACAAUCCAGAUCCGAUAUUUGCAGGACCUGCCUACCCAGUUUCCGGCUAUUAUAAUUGCCCCGUAUACGGCUGCAAUCCAGCGGCCAUCGGUCCGCAACCUGGUUACUAUGCCACUCCCGGAGGAUUCUACACAACGCCCCUGAAUCAACAGCAGGCCCAGGGCAACAGUAAUGUCUACAUUUAUCAAAAUGAUCAGAACUCGGCCACAGGAUCAAAUCCGCUAGGCUACGGGUAUUUUGGCGGGGGAUCACCGCCGUUAGGUCCACCACCUCCAGCAGUACUACCACCUUCACCAACGGGCGUGGCAUCCGCCAGUGCCGGCAGUUAUGGAUUGGGUCCGGCAGGACAACGGCCAGGACCUUUACCAAUACCAUUGCCACUGGGGUAACUGGAAUAAACGGAAUAAUUGGA